CGCAUGCAUAGCUUCGCAUCACACUCGCAGCUGAUCCACAAAUUGCAGAUAAGAGAGAUCAAGCAUGGCGUCCAAGGCACUCCUCGUGUUCGCUCUCCUCCUCGCCGCUGCCUUCCUCGUCGCCUCAGCUAACGAGCAAGACCAGGCGAACAUGGAGGAGAACAAGGCCGGUGUGCAGGACUGGCGCGGCGGGGACGGCUACCAUGGCGGCGGCGGGCGCGGCGGGGGCGGCUACCCUGGCGGCGGCGGCCACGGCGGGGGUGGCUACCCUGGCGGCGGCGGCCACGGCGGGGGUGGCUACCCUGGCGGCGGCCGCGGCGGGUACUGCAGGUGGGGGUGCUGCGGCCGCGGGUACCACGGUGGCUGCCGGUGCUGCGCGCGCCCCGACGAGAUCCCGGAGCCCAUGUACCGCCCAGAGUUCGUCGAGGUCCAGAACUGAAGCUAGCCGGCUGAUGGGCACGUACCUACGUAGCACGUACGUGCGUCCGUACGCCCUACGUAGUCAGUAAAAGUCUGGCUUCAUGAAAUAAAAAUAAUAUGUGUGCGCAGCCAUACAUGGUGACGUGUGGUCGCUGGUCGCUACCACAUCUUCGAUCGUUUCUCUCUGAUGUACUUGGAAUACAUCGAUCGGUGUGGCUGAUCGAUAUAAUGUAAUCUGCUAUUUUUCGCAUGUCAUGGAAUAAUAAAUAAAUAAA